AUGAAAGUCCCUUUUUCCUUGCCGGGGAAUCGCGAACUACGCAAGAUAUUGACCUGGGCUCGUUCUCUGGCCCCUUCUCAGCGCUACGAUGGGGCAGCAGACAGCGAUCUACACGAUACCGAGCUCCUCGCACUUCCCAGCCAACAGUCGCUAUCUUCCGUCCCAGAAAUCACGGCAAAAGAGCGAACCGUCCAAGAUCAGGCUCUUGUCACUCCUAUAUUAGGCGAAGCAAAAGCUAGUACCGACGAACACAGGGGCAUUCUGGCACAUGCUUUGGAAAAUAACGGUCUGGACAAAUCAAGAUCUUGGAUUAAAGGUGUAUACCUCUGUGGAUAUGCGACUACCGGCCUUCUACUAUCAAAUCUCAUACUUGUUUCCGUGGCUGGCGGAUUAUCGUCUAAAUUCCCAGGGAGAGGGGGAUCCUCGAAUUCAAAAGUGAUAUAUGACGGUUCUUGUGACACGGCAGGUCGGUGGAACACAAGUCUCCAUAUCAUAAUCAACAUUAUCAGCACCUGUACUCUCGCAACGAGCAAUUAUUGCAUGCAGACUCUUGUCGCCCCAACUAGAGACGAGAUUGACAUUGCCCACGCAAAAUGCCGCUGGCUUGACGUUGGAGGUUCCAGUUUCAGAAACCUCUUCGCUAUAUCGUACGCCCGACUCGGUCUGUGGAUAGUCUUGCUACUUACUGCCACGCCGCUUCAUCUAUUUUAUAACUCACUCAUAUUUGAGAGCCUGAAUUACAACGAGUACUGGGCCUUCGCCGCCCCGCAUGACUUCACGCCUAAAGACAUGCGAAAUCUCACGACUCCCGCCUUGGACAAUUGUUUUACAAUACGCACGAGCUCCGCACCGACAUCUAGAUCUUCGAAUGAAGUAUUAGAUUGGAACCAACUAAUUCUUCAAAUUGAAGGAUCAAAGAGCGAGAGGAUCCCCGCCGAGAAAUGUUUCGAAGAGAUAUAUUUAACCAUUGGCCAACCUGUCUAUAAGGGGAUUGUUCUUCUAACAAGCAACCGAAGUAUGAGCGAUGGCGGAACUGAGUCUGUCCUUGGAAUCACGAACUGGAGGGACCCCAGAGAAGUUUCGGUAACUCCGUUUGUGAGUUCAGAAAACAUACAAGAUCAUAAAUGCACACCCGCGUCUACCUCCUACUUCUACUACCAUAACAAAAUGCAUGUAACGGAGUGCCUAGCAUUCGAGGGGAAAAACAAUUGCCAAUUGUUUUAUAACCCUAUCAUCGCUGUGACCGUUAUCAUCGCCACCUUCGUCAAAGUUAUUGCAAUCUUCUUGGCCGCCCAAAUUCAUAAAUCUCGAUCAAUCCCUCUCCUCACGUCAUGUGAUGCGAUAGCUUCGUUCCUAGAGGACCCAGAUGAGACUACGAAAGGCAUGUGUUGGGCAUCGCUAAAUAGCAUGAAGAAGAACUGGACAACGUGUCCGGAAGGACAGGAACCACAACGACAGGCCGUGAGAUAUCAACGUCUCACCAGGCCUCAGCAAUGGAGAAGAGCAUCUAGUCCAAUCCAUUGGUUUGUGACUGUGUUGAUCGUCAUUACCUGCAUUAUGACUACUAUGUAUAUAUACCCAAGCAUUGCCGUGAAACCAAAUGCCAGAACUGCGGGUCUUACAUGGCAAGCAAUCUGGGACUCUGGUUCUAUGGCAAGACAAACGGCUGUUACCACCUCUGGUGCGGAGAACUAUUCAGAACUGCAAGGUGUGGUCAUUGCGAAUAGCGCCCAACUGGUAGUCACGAUCUGCUAUUAUUUUUAUAAUAGUCUUCUCACAAGGAUGCUUUUGAGUGCGGAGUAUAGCUCUUACGGGGUUAAUAGGAAGCCACUUCGCGUCACUUGGCCUGUUGAAGGCAGCAAGCAGCGUUCAACCUAUUGGCUAUCUAUCCCAUACCGAUACGGACUUCCAUCGAUGGCCUUGUUCACAAUAGUCCAUUGGCUUGUCUCGCAGGGCAUCUUUUUUGUUCUGGCUUUUCCUUGCGAUACAAACGGCAAUCUACUAUACGAGCAGAAAAAAAGCGUACCAGCGUCCUCAUAUAUGCCUUUGAUGUACGCUGGUGUCAUUCUCUGUGUCCUAUUUAUCAUGAUUAUUGGCGUGUCAUUCCGGAGACUCAAGUCAGCAAUACCUCUCGCGGGAACUUGCAGUGCUGCUAUAAGCGCAGCCUGUCAUCCACCCAAGAACGUUCGUACAGGUACCGUGACGCACGGUGAGCUGAUGUGGGGAGAGACUGAUCUGUCAUGGGCCUUGGACAGCGGGGAUGAUGAUGAUGAAAGCGAUGGGCCAAAGGGGCAUUGCAGCUUCACCCCAUCAGAAGCAAGGCAGCCUUCCUUGGACAAGUUAUACGCCUAG